UCAACACGUCACGCAUUUAACCUUAUUAACGCAAAAUUAUAACGAAAAAAAAGGAUAGGAAAAUCUCUAAACGAAAUGAAAAUACUACGAGAUAAAGUAUUCGUUAAAGGGAUAUGAAUGUGAAACAUAAAAAUCUUGUUAAUAGCGGAUGGUACAUCAACGUUAAAGAUGACCUUACGAAGAAACACGUUUCGAAGAUCGAGACACUUUACGUGAUUAUGAUAUGUUUCACGACAAACAUUUUGAGUUUUAUCAACGUCGAAGCAGGAACUCGUGCAACUCUUGACAAUUUAGCACCUAAAUCAGCCGUAUUCAAUGCUCUUUUUCGGCGAAAUUAUAAUUUGAAGAUAACAAUACUCGCAGCUAAUGUUAUUACGGGAUUAAUAGCAACUGUUAUGGUAGCUAUCGGUGAAAAGUUUAGUAUUCCUUAUUUUUAUUUACCAUGGCUGGUAAAUACUAUCAACGGAAUUGGAUUUUACGAGGGUCCUAUUCUUAUAAAUUUGGCUUACACUCUUUUACCAAAUUUAGGAAUUCCAACAGGAUUAUUCAUAUUUAUGAUGUUGCUUCUAUAUGUUGAGGAAAUAUGCGUCUGGAAUGAAGUAUUUACCAGUUUUAAACGUUGCUGGUUUAAUUAUAGCAAGAAAAAAUAUGCUAUCAUCGAAAGCAAGGAAAAUAAUAUUUCAGAAAACAAUGGGAAGUUUCUUCCUAAAGAAAAUGUGAAAAAAAAUCGUAUCCUACUUCUCGAUAAACUUAAAUAUCAAAGAAGAUCUUUCGAUUCUUAUAAUAAAUCCAAUAAUCCCUUUUAUAUUAAUUCUUGUCUAAAGAAACAGUUACGGUCAUAA